AUAGCUUGACCUAAAAAUCAGGGUCAAUGGCUGCCACCAAGUCACGUUUGAAGCUCAUCCCAAUUAUUUUCUUCAUCCUAAUUAUCUCCAUCCUCACCCCCAAAGCUUAUUCACAGUCUGAGGAGGACGAGUGCAGCACUGAAAACACCUCCUCCUGCAAUGACAAGUCAGGUGCUGUGCCCCUCAAAAUCAUAGCCCUUGUCUCAAUUCUAGUCACAAGCAUGAUUGGAGUGAGCUUCCCUCUUGUCACUCGUUCCAUACCAGCCUUCCACCCUGAUCGAAACCUCUUUGUGAUCGUCAAGUGCUUUGCAGGUGGCAUCAUUCUUGCCACUGGCUUCAUGCACGUUUUGCCUGAUUCAUAUGCCAUGUUACAAUCUAGUUGUUUAAAAGAAAAUCCAUGGCACAAGUUCCCUUUUUCUGGCUUUGUGGCUAUGUUAUCUGCAAUUCUGACUUUAAUGGUGGACUCUAUGGCCACUAGCAUAUAUAGUAGGAGAUGUAGAACUGGAGUUAUCGCAGAUAAUGGUGAUAAUCCAGCCCUGGAGGUAGACCAAGAGAUGGCUGUGGUGGGUGCUGGGCAUGGCCAUUUUCAUGCACACAAUCAUGUUGUUGCCAAGGGAGAAAACGGAGACUCGCAACAGCUGUCCCGUUAUCGUGUUGUUGCCAUGGUAUUAGAACUAGGUAUCAUUGUCCAUUCAGUUGUUAUAGGGCUUUCUCUUGGAGCUUCAAACAACACCUGCACAAUUAAAGGUCUUGUAGCUGCGCUUUGCUUCCAUCAAAUGUUUGAAGGCAUGGGUCUUGGCGGUUGCAUUCUACAGGCUGAGUACAAGUUCAUGAAGAAGGCCAUAAUGGUGUUCUUCUUCUCAACAACGACCCCAUUUGGAAUUGCAAUUGGAAUGGCUAUGACAAAAUCGUACAAAGAAAAUAGUCCAAGGUCACUAAUCACAGUAGGACUGCUUAAUGCAUCAUCGGCUGGCCUUCUUAUCUACAUGGCUUUGGUUGACCUUCUUGCUGCCGACUUCAUGGGUCCAAAGUUGCAACGCAGCAUUAAGCUCCAGAUCAAAUCUUACAUUGCAGUUCUUUUGGGUGCAGGUGGCAUGUCUGUAUUGGCAAAGUGGGCUUAAUAAGACUAUUCAUGCCAUGCCAUGAUCAUCUGAAAAUUAAGCAAAUACUGUUGUUCUUAUUUUAUGUGUUUUGGUGUCAAGUCGGUCGUGUUAAUUUCCUAAAAGUUUGUGAAAAUUUGAUGGUCGUUAUAUGUUUCCAUAAAUCGAUAUAGAUUUUUUUAUGUUAGUUGUCAUUGUUGUAUUGUGAUUACCCAAAUGGAAUAAAUAGCCAAGCUUCCUUGUCUCAA